AUGCUGAUUUUCGGCUUGCUUCUAUUAAUUUUUGCUGAUUUUUGUGGAGCUAUACAGAUUAUUGAUACAUCGAUUGCAUGUGAUAAGGUAAGUGAGAAUUUCAAAAUUAUCAGAAGUUCUUCAAAACAAUUAUAUUUUCCAGACCGAUUUCCUGCUGAAAAUCAAAUUCGACGACAUUUUCCACGGCACGAUCCAAAGUCGUUCAGGCGAUCCAAAAUGCAUUUACGUCAACGGAACAAUCCAACCAGACGCCAAAUAUCAGCUAAAAAUUCCGCUCGACGGAUGUUCAACGCAUGAAAACGGCGAAGGGAAUCUGGAGAAUGAAAUCGAAGUCGUCGCUCAUGGUGAAGACAAACGAUUUCUGCUAACUUGUAUUCCUGCGGCACCUCAUCCAAAAGAGUCGCAAGUAACAGUUUCAUUUGGUGGAAUUACGAUAAAUGCCGAUGCGACAACUGCUUCGUCAUUAGUGGCGGGUGAAAAUAAGGUUAUUUUUGGGGAGAGAAAAAACAGGGGUGAGGGAAAGUGAAAAUUGUUUACGUUUACCGGAAAAUUCUGGAAAUAUUGAAGGGAAACGGGUUUUACAAUUGAAAAUGGAAUUUGCGAAAGUUUCUCCGAUUUUACGAAUGGAAAUUUUUGGUGACCUAAAUAGAAAACUUUUAUUGUUAAAAAAGAAUUCUGAAAAACUUUCAAUAAAAUUUGACUACUUACUUGUUUUUUCUCAUUAAUGAGUAUCUAAUGUCAUAUUUAAUUCAUUCUUCCUCAAUUUUCAAUUAUAAUACAAAUCUCUCUUUUUUUAGACAUUGGAUUACGCAGUGAAAGUUCUUGAUGGCGAUAGUUUGGAUGCAAAACAAUUGAGAAGACCAUUGGCGGUUGGCGAUAAAGUUGUGAGUUAUUUUUUAUGGGAAAAUGUAGAAAAAAUGAAUUACUGAGAUAAAAUAACUUUGAAACCAUAAAAAAUUCAAUAACUUUCUAGACGUAUACUGUAGAAAUGUCUGGAAAUCAGCAAAACGGGCGAAUUGGUCGAUGUUGGGCAAAUGAUGGGAUUUCGGAAUUGCCUUUGAGUGAUUCACAAGGUUGCUCAUUGCAAAAUACUGGACAGGUUAGUGCAUUUUCCUCGAUUAAAAUUGGCGAGUUCUGGUGUAAAAAUUGAGAUUUUUUAUUCAUAUUUUUCCAGGUUUGGGGCGAUUUUCAAGUCGAAAAACGAGACGAUAAGACGAUUUUCUACAAUCAUAUCAAAGCUUGGGCUUUUCCGACAAGGUGAGUAGUUUUUUGAAACUUUGAAACAGAUUUUUUAAUAGCUGGAAUCCAAAGAUUUUCUGAUAAAAAAGAUUUCAAAAGAAAUCGAAAAAUCUUGAAUUUUUAGUACAAAAAAUCAUAUUAUUUUCUCAAUUUUUCUAUCAGGCUUCUAAAAUUUACAAUAUUUGAAAUUUUUUAAUUAAAAAAAUGAUGACGUGGCAAUUUUUUCCAAACAAAAAUUCAAAUUGAAUUUUUUAUCCAAAAUUUUCACAAUGUUUUCUUGAAAAAAAAACCCAUUUUAGUCCAGUUGAUUUUUCAACAAUUCGAGAAUAUUCCAUAAAUUCUUGAAAUAGUCCAAUAAUGACAUUUGAAAUAAUAAGUUAUUAAAUUUUAGGCCUGAAAUUCUAGUUUUUAUCAUUUUGGCUCAGAAAAUCCCUAAUUUUCCCUCCGAAAAUUCUUAAUUUUUUACAGCAACGAGGUGAAUAUUUUCUGCAAUUUGCAUGUCUGCGUGACAUGUUCUCAAUCAAAAUGCCGUGCAUCUCGAGAUCGCCGACAUAAUUCGGACCCUCGAAUUCCGGACCCAUUUUCAUUGGACGAACCGAAUUCAAUUGACAUUUCCGACAUUUCGCCGCCAAUUUCAUUGCGAACUUCGUUCAGAUUGAAACGAGAAGGAAGUGUGGCAAAAAUGGAGACACAGAUUAGUGAAGGAAGUGGAACAACUGGCGCGAAUUUGAAUUUUUUGAAUGCGAUUUUUUUGGGAACUGUUUUUGUGUAUUUUUUGGCUUAA